UGUGAGAUUCUCGAAACAGUUACAUAUUUUAACAUUUCAAUGUUGCUAUUAUGCGUCCUAACAAUCAUAUUUCCAACAAACCGGAGUCGCCAGGUAACUGUUAGAAGAAAAUUUGCUAGCUAGCAUGCUACAGCUGUGAAAUGUUAUGUAGCUCAGACCAGACCCAGACCGAGACCCUUUACUGUCUAACACCAACUAGCCUACACUUGAAGGUAACCAGUUGACUAAUAAACGUUGGACGUGCCUCUCAUGGACGGGUCGUGGGAUUCUCCAGAGUACUCGUCUGCUCUGACCGUUCUUCGCUGCAGGAAAUGCCGAAAAUGUCUUAUGGAGUCACCCUCGUUACUGUCGAUAGGGGAUUCAGCUGAGUUGUCCACGUGCAGCGUUUGGCAUGUAAAUGUGGACACCUUGCCAGACUGGAUUCAGUCAGCUGUUCAUCAGGCCCGUUGGACGGUCGGUAAGCUGAACUGCCCCUUCUGUGGCGCUCGUCUCGGGGGCUUUAACUUUGUCAACUGCUCCAGGUGCCCGUGCGGCCACGAGGACGUCGUGCACGUCAGCAAGAGCCGCGUUGACCACGAAAGCAAGUGUCCCGUCUACCCCCUCCGACCCUUAAGAGCGCAAGAGAGGGCAGGCAGGACAGAGGAGCUGAGGGACCCAGAGGGCGAGUGGUUAGUGAGGGGGAGUGCAGAGGGCUGCCUCCGCGAGCCACAGUCAUCCUGCCCAGCCAUCCUCAGGCUGAUUGGGACCUCCACCCCCAUCGCGCCCCCUCACCGCCUCGGAGCUGACGCCGAGUGGACGGCCGGCCAAGCUGCCCUGCCCAACGCCUCGUCCCAGCCACUGUCUGGCUUCUGUGGAAUAUCUGGCCUGUCCUGUUUUGGGGAGUCCUCUCUGAAGCGCCUCCUGGACCUGGCCGAGGUGGAGACGGUGGGGGAGGUGAGGCUGACCUCCCAACAAGAGACUCCUGCUCAACUGGUAGGAUUAAGCCAUCCUCUGUCCCCUACAUUAGAGGCCGCAGAGACGGCCACGGGGCAAGCUGAACACCACGGGCCCUCAGAGCUGCCCACCCCUCUCAACUCAGGUCAGCAACUGCAGCAGCAUCAGCAUCAGCAGCAUUGGGAUCAGCUUGAAGGAGACGCCACACUGCCAGAGGUGCUGUUCCACGAGGCACCGCACCAGACGCCCAUACCGAGAAGCAGAGUCCCCUCCGACAGGAUGGACGACGAGGGGGAAGGGGACGAGGACGAGUGGGCAGUGGCCCCUGGAGAGGAUGCGACCCACACACAGCCACCCAGGCCCACAGGCACCGCCGAGUGUCAGCUCAGCAAGAGGGAGAAGAACCGGCUGAAGAGCCAGCGGCGCAAGCAGAGGAGGAGAGAACGCUGGCUCCGCAGUCAGCUGGAGGAGAACCAACCGGGACUCUCACCUCCGGGCAGCGAGGAUGAGAAGGAGCGCGAAGGCCACACCUGCGCCGUGUGUCUGGACGUCUACUUCAGCCCGUACAUGUGCCAGCCCUGUGGCCACGUCUUCUGUGAGCCCUGCCUGCGCACAUUGGCCAAGAACCGGCCAGGCAGCACACCCUGCCCUCUCUGCCGCACGGUCAUCUCCCAUGUGCUCUUCCAGAAAGAGCUCAACCAGACUGCUAAGACAUUCUUCCCUAAGGAGUACCUCUCCAGGAAACAGACUUUCCAGAAAGCAAACUACGCCAAAUGGCCGCUCCCUCACUGUCCCAAACGCUUUCGCAUCUUCUGGGGGUUCCAGAGAGAAGGUGCCCGGGCUGGCCGGUGGCAGUUCCCUCAUCGUCCCUUUGGCUUGGACGCCCUGGACCUGGUAGACAUGAGAGCCUGGCCGUUUGACAUUGACCUGGUCAUCAUCUACGUCUACUCGAUCCACUGGAUCCUGGCCUUCCUCAUCCUCUGUUUUGUGGGCUACUGCUUCUUCUUCUAAUGGGAUGAUCUACAGUAGGCAUCAGGACUGUCCUUUUCAUUUCGAUGGACCUUUAAACGACUGACCAACCUCAGUCAACUGCACACAGAAGUGAAGUAGGAUGUAAACCAUGGACUUGAUCAUCAUGGACAUCCCUUUUUUUCUUUCUUUAAUUGUGGAUUUGAUUUUUUUCUUAAAUGAAUGAUUUAUUGUAGUGCAUUAUUUUUGUUUGAACGUGUGUAUCAGGUGUUUGUUUUUGAGUGUAAUAUGAGAAAAAGGUGGUGACUGUUAAAACAAGAGCGGGCCAGGAAGUGCAAUCAUGUGCAACUGAAAUCAGUCAGUUUGUUUAGGUGUUUAGGUGUACUUGAUGUUGCCUUACUUCCCAAUCCCUUUAUAUUGUCUUAAUGCCAAGUAAAUGGACCUGACAUUGUAUGUUAUGGGUAUGUUUGGUUUUGUUUGUAAAAUGUCUUAUUAAAUUU